CGCAGGGCGGCUGACUGCGCAGGUUUACCCGCGUGAUGGUGGCGGUACGCACGCUCCACCUGCCUACGCGGUCACUGGGCGCCCGGUCCGCACCGGAAGAUGGCUGAGCAUGGGACUAAGUCGGUGUUCUUCGUGUGUCUGGGUAACGUUUGCCAGUCACCCAUUGCAGAAGCAGUUUUCAGAAAACUGUGGAGGAUAGACAGUGCAGCUACAUCUACCUAUGAAGUGGAGAAUCCCCCUGACUAUCGAGGGCAGAACUGCAUGAGAAAGCCUGACAUCCUCAUGAAUCACCUUGCUCGUCAGAUUACCAAAGAAGACUUUGCCACAUUCGAUUAUAUACUGUAUAUGGAUAAAAGCAAUCUGAGAGAUUUGAAUAGAAAAAGUAAUCAAGUUAAAAACUGCAAAUCUAAAAUUGAGCUACUUGGGAGCUAUGAUCCACAGGAAAAACUCAUUAUUGAAGAUCCUUAUUAUGGCAAUGACUCUGACUUGGAGCUAGUGUAUCAGCAAUGCCUCAGGUGCUGCAAGGCCUUCCUGGAGAAGACUCACUAGCUGGUCCUUCCCACCACCAUCUAGCAGUGCUGUGCCCAAGGUGGUGAUGAUCCGUAGCCCUAUGUCCAGCCUGUUUUUUCAGUUGACUUACUGUUUAUCUGAAAAAUAAUUUUAGGUGGAAAUUAGUUAUAUUUUCAAAAUAAACAUGCUAGAAUAAAA